AUGUUUUUUCUAUUCCAGGGCUGCGGUUUCGGUUGUCAACUGCACCACAUAGUGUACUGCCUCAUAUUCGCAUACGCAACGGAACGCACCCUUAUCCUAAACUCCAAGGGAUGGCGGUACAACACAAAGGGAUGGGACUAUGUGUUCUAUCCCAUAUCGGACAGUUGCACCUCCGCGUAUGACGACAAGGUGGUGCAGUGGCCAGUAUUGUACGACGCGAAGGUGGUGUCGUUGCCGUUCAUAGACUCUAUAUCGCAGAAGCCAAAGUUCUUGCCGCUCGCCAUACCCAAAGAUUUGGCGCCCAGGAUAGUAAGGUUUAACGGCGACCCGUCGUCGUGGUGGAUCGGUCAGAUGCUGAAGUACAUCCUGAAGCCGCGCGUCGCCAUGCAGAAGGCGAUCAACGAGACCAUCGCUAAGAUGAACUUCAAGACGCCUAUAGUUGGUGUUCACAUAAGGAGAACGGACAAGGUUGGCACGGAGGCGGCGUUCCACCACAUCCACGAGUACAUGGCGCAUGUGAAGGACUACUACGACCAGCUAGAGCUCACGCGGACUGUCGACGCGAGGCGCGUCUAUCUCGCCACCGAUGACGCUAAUGUAUUAGAAGACGCGCGCAAGAAGUACCCGGAGUACACGUUCCUGGGCGACGCGUCCAUCGCGAAGACCGCGGCCACGCACCGCCGCUACACGCCGCUGUCGCUCACCGGCCUGCUCGUCGACCUGCACAUGCUGGCUAUGUGCGACUACAUCGUCUGCACCUUCAGCAGCCAGGUGGGUCGCGUCGCGUACGAGAUGAUGUGGACGAAUCGCGUAGACGCGUCCAACAGCUUCUUCUCGCUGGACGACAUCUACUACUUCGGCGGACAGAACGCGCACGACCGCGUCGCCGUCAUGUCCAACACCGGCGGCAAGAGCCAGGAUAUAUCGUUUGAGGCGGGUGACAGAAUCGGAAUCGCCGGUAACCACUGGAACGGUUACGGACGUGGGACCAAUAAGAGAACUAAUGUGAAUGGUCUAAUCCCGUGGUACAAGACCGCGGACCACCUAGUGUUGUACCCGUUCCCGGAGUACAAGCAGGUACCCCAGUACUCCGACACGCGGCAAAAGAACUUAUAGACCUUGCUCAACACGCACACUUGACCAAAACCUAAAAAUAAACCCGACUUACGUUUAUGCUCUGUGCAGGGUGAUACUAUGAGAAUAUCGAUAAAAUUGGUUUUAUCGAUUUUUGUGUCGCAAAUGAUUGGAUAAAUGACAAUUUUAAAAUUUUAGGAAAUUAGUGAAUUGCACCUUUCCUAUCUUUUAACUCUGCAGGGUAUUGUUUUAUGUUAGGCACGUCCUGGAAUAUCGAUAAAAUUGAUUUCAUCGCGUUUGUCAUGGUUGAGUAGAAGCAUAUUUUAACUGAAAAAAAUAGCGAUACACAUUAUUAAACUCAGUGCAGUAUUCAUUUGGGUUUCAGUACAUUUUGGGAUAGCGAUAGAAUUGUUUUAUCGACUUUUUUUGUCGUGGAUAGUAAUUAUUCUCCUUUAUUUAUCAAGAAGAAAAAUUAAUUUAGUUUGCACAUAAAUGUGUUCAAGUUGAUAACUUUUCGGCACUGUUUCGCACGAAUGCGAUUAUAAUGUUUGUUGGAGUAUUUGUGAAUAACUAAAAAGCUCGUUAUGAAAAUUGUAUAUUUCCAAGAGUGACGUGCUGUCUUGAAAUUUCUAAACGCUUUCGCCUUAUAUUGAAUAGCAAAUCGCUAGUUAAUAAAAUUAAAAUAUAUCCUGCGUCUGUGCAGG